AUGUCUUACUAUGGAAACUACUAUGGUGGCCUAGGCUGUGGCUAUGGUGGCUGUGGCUAUGGUGGCUAUGGAUGUGGCUACAGUGGCCUAGGCUGUGGCUAUGGUGGCUAUGGAUGUGGCUACAGUGGGCUAGGCUGUGGCUAUGGUGGCUAUGGAUGUGGCUACAGUGGCCUAGGCUGUGGCUAUGGUGGCUAUGGAUGUGGCCACAAUGGUGUGGGCUAUGCCUGUGGUGGUUAUGGAUAUGGCUGCAACCGCCCAUCUUGCUGCAGAAGAUGCUGGUCCUACGGGUUCUACUGA